GCAGCAGAGUCAAAUGAGCAGGGCGGGCUUGCCUUCACCCGGAUCCUGGGGCGAUGCUGCACUAGUACUGGAACAAGACGGCCCAGGAAGAGACGGAGUGAAAAUAAACCCUUUUAGCUUGUUGCUAGAAGACGAAUUACAAGAGGCAGGACGAUCGUCAUCAGCGAGGAGGCCAUUGGCCGCCGGCCCUUCCGGUGGUUCUUCCGGAGCGGCCAGAAGAGGAACGGCGAUAGCAGAUAGGGAGAGCGCAAUCCCAAAGUCAAGCAAAAUGAGAAGACGAGCGACGACAUCUUCGAGCGGUUUUUUGCCAUCCAACACUCCACCUCUCCCUAGUAGAGGAGCAGCAGCGAAAGGACUGAACGAAAGCAGUGUCUCAACCCUCACACCCGACGAGGAACAAGGUCAGACAAGUCGGCGCACGAGCUGCUCACUCGGGACACUUCCCUCUUCGCGCCGCAACAGCUGCCAGCCUGUAGAGCACUAUAGUAUCGCGGACAACAGCGACGAAGAUGACAACGCAGCACGCCGCAGUUCAACAGAAGGAACAAAGGAUGACUUUUAUCACGGUGGAGGACACAUACGCCACGAUCGUGCGAGACACACCACCACAACGACUGAACACGGCACCUACAUUCACAAGCCGGGUGGAACUAUUGUUAGUCAGGGUAGCAGAAGAAAUUCAUCAGCCACAGUUUGGGCUAGGGGAGGUAGUCAGCCAGCAACCGCAUCUUCAACAGCGCCCGACACUGCCGAGCCUUCGCGGCGCCGCGGUUCG